AUGAAUAACUAUUCAGAUAUCAAGCCAUUUUUUCGUGUAGGUGUAUUUCCACUUAUUCCUGAUGCUUACAAUUGUUUCUAUAAAAUGCCUAAUGAAUAUUGUGAAAAACCUGGUUUUGAAAUGGAAAUUUUAUUAAUAGCUUUAAAAAUAUUAAAUUGGAAUUGGACUGUUAUUGAUGUUCAAAAUGUAUACAAUAUUUCUUUUUCAACAAAUAUAUUUGGAAAAAAAAUUCCAAAUUCAAAUAAUUUUACUGGUUUACUUGGUUUACUUAAAGAUGAUUUAAUUGAUAUUGCUAUUCCUAGUAUGAGAAUAACUGAAGAAAGAUUAGAUGCUUGUAUAUUUACUCAUCCUAUAAGUUAUAUAAAACAAAUAUAUAUUAUUAAAAAACCAAAUGAUCAUUUUAGUAUAAAUUUUAUCACUGAAACAUUAGAUACUUUUGUAUGGAUUAUUCUUUUAGUUUCAAUAAUUUUUAUAGCUAUAAUGAAUUUUAUAUUUACAUUAGUUUCAUUAAAAAUGUUGAAAUCAUCUAAAAAAAUUAAAAAUAGUUUAUGUCAAAUAUUAAGUACCUCAAUAACUGAAACAAUUUCUGUAAUAUUAAGACAACCAGUAUCAAUACACUCAACAUUUUCAUGGAAUUUAUUUCAAUUAAUAUUUAUUAUAUCAUUUCUUGUUUUUUAUAAUUAUUUUCAAUCUUCAAUGAAUUCUAAAGUAAUUGCUCCAGAAUUAAUAAAUAUACCUUUUACAAAUCAGGAAGAAUUAAUUAAAUUGUUAGAAUCACAUAAAAUUCAUCUAACGUAUUAUGAUGAUUCAAUACCUAUUUGUACAUUACCAAAAAAUUGUGAACGCCUAAAAAAGGCAAUAAAUAAAAAUCCAAUUAUAGUACAUAAAGAUCAAGAUGGUUUAAAAAAAGAAAUUUAUAAUGGAGCAGUAUAUUUUGGAACAUAUGAUAUUGAUUUUUUUUCAUAUCCUAUAUCAAUAUGGAGUGAACCUGAUAAUUUUAUUGCAAUAAUGGAUCCAGAAGAAAUAAGUACUUUUAGUUCAUUUGCUUUUAAUAAAAAAAAGUUAAAAGAAAGAAACAGAUUUAAUGAAGCUUUAUCUGGAAUGUUAAGAGGUAUAAAAACAAUAGCAACAGCUGGAAAAUAUUAUAGUAAAAAAGAACCAUUUUCAACAAAAAUAUCUUCUAAAAAUUUGAAUAAAAAAAGUUUAAAUUUAUCUCAAAAUUUAAGGCAACUAUUUAUAACAUAUAUAAUUGGAGUUAUAUUAAGUACAUUUGUCUUAGUCAUUGAACUGAUUAUUAAAUAUACUUUAGUAUCAAAAUAG